AUGACUCUUACUUUGCCUGCUGCACGCGGCGAGGUCCUUGGAUUGGCGGCGGCAGCUGUCCGGCACUUGGAAACGAGCCAGUCGUUACUGAGUAGAAAGGUGCGAGUUGCCACGACGCUCAAAAACAUCGGAGGCGACGAUGAUGUCUUCCAGAACAGCCAGAGGCUGAGCCUGCCAACUCCUUCCUACACAGCGCGCUUGGAUGUGCUGUUCCAGGAAUCUGGCGAAGUGAAUGAAUCCUUGGUCUCGUUGCCUGCCGAGCAGCCUUUGUCGAUUCAGCUGAGAGUGCACGUACGGUCUCUUGCAGCAGACAGCGGCUGGCUCUUACUAACCGCCCUGCGCGAGGACUGGUCGGUCGACCGACAGAGCGUCACCAACACCAACCUUGAGGAGUGGCCGGGUGGUCCGCUGCCAGUCGUUCCAGCUUUCGACCCACGAAGCACUCUGGUCGCGACGUCCAGCGGAGAGCGCUCCGCCUUGAUGCGGGUGGCUUUCCUAAUGACGCCUGUCCGAGAUGUCACUGCUGGCAGUUUCCUGCGUGUACAAGCUCCCACUGGUUUCGUUUGGGCAGCUGACUGCGUUGAGGGCUCUGGCCCAGGCGGUCUUGUGCAGCCAGGGCAGUGCUGGCGGGACUCGUCCGAGCCUUCCGUAGCCCUACUGGAGUUGAUGAACGCAAUGCAGGCACAGGCUUCGUACGAGCUCUUCAUGCAAAUCCUCUCACCAGCCGCUCUUCGAGCGCCCAACCGCUGGGAGUUGGCAACGCUGUCGCUUGCAGGCGGCGGAGGUGUGGCACAAGGGACCUCAACUUCCACUGCGCCUCCUGGGCUGGUUGCCAGUCCACCUGCAGUCAACGUCAGCGCAGAAGUUGUAAGUGACCCUCGUGAGCUGCACACCUCCGUGGUGCCUCAGCAGGUGAUUCGCUUAACGGGCUUCCAGCUAUCAGGCCUGGAGGCGCGGCUGCAGCCACUGCAGUGGUUUCCCGAAGCGGAGAAGGGCCAGCUGCUGCUCCUUUCCUUUCGCCUGGCCCUUCACCUCGAAGAGCUCCGCCUGGCUACGCUUCCUUUGCAGCUUCGCCUCACUGCGCCACAGGGUGUGACCGUCAGCUGCCCAAGUGGCGAAGCCUUGGGCGGCCAAGCUCACGGAGGACCCAGCGAAGCUGUCCAGUACACAAAUGUUUCCACACCACAGACCUGGAGACUCUUGGCUACUCAGCAAAGGUUGGCCCUGCUAAGCCGCUGCACUCCACAAGAUUCUUCUGGCGACUCAUCUGUGCUGUUGGAGCUCCAAGCGCCACCAUCUUCAGCCAGCGAGGCUCCAGGUGAGUGGCUGGCCUUGCCCGUCUUCUCGUCGACCACGGAGAAGGAGACCUUCGCUUCAGUGCAGACUUGGGCACUACGCUUGGGGGACAGCCUCGCGGAGGUGCAGACAUUGCACACAUCACCGCGGAUGCUGCGUCCGUCUGCACGGCGCGGAGGAAGCUUGGCCGAAGCGCUGGCAUGCACAUCGUUCUGUGCAGCUGUGGCUGGAGAUCACCAGGAGCUUCCGGCUGCUGCUGCACUUGCUGUGGACAGAGGGAACGGGAUCCGCCUGCAACUGGCCCUCUCUUUGCCGAAGGCGCCGCCCACUCGCUCCUCGCGUCUCAUCGCCAGCCGAAUCGCCUCUCCCUUUCGACAAGGAGUUCGCAGCUCUGACUUUGCAGAUGCUGCGGUGGCCACCCUAGUCGAUUUCGUGCGGAUCACCGCGCCGGCCCCCUUGCGAUGGCUUGACAACUGCCGAGUGCAGAACACGUCCAUGUUGUCCUCGGCGUUGUGGCGAUGCCUUUGCUACGGAAACGAGGCCUAUGUCUACACGCUUGGCUACACUUCCACGCCGGCCUUGCCACUACGUGAAGUGAUCGAAAUCCAAGGAGUCACGCUGCUGGAUCCUGCAGAACCAGAAACCUCUGUGCGUCUGCCCUUCUCCUCCACGUGGAUCGCUUCUUUGUUCGAAGAUGGCGCCUUGGUAGACCAGCUGCUAUUGGAAAGCCAUGCAGACGAGGGAAUCUUGCACCUCGCCACAGUUCAGCAGCAUGAGGAGGAAAAUCAGACGUCGCCUGGCAACACUACAGGCUCAUCGGUCGGGGAUAGCACGGACACACCCGAGGACACGGUCGACCUUGAACAGUGCACAGAGCAGGAGAUGUCGUACUAUCCGUGCCCCGUGGGCAUGGUUGCAAAUGGUCUUCGUGUCGUCCGGCUGGGAGGUGCCGGCUCGUGGAUGGACAGCCUGCAACUCCUGUGUAGCCAGGAGCUUGACGUUGGCACGAACCACACGCAGUGGCUGACCCAAGCCGGCUCCACGGGCCUCGCCGGAAACAGGCAACUCCUAUCCUUCACAGAUUCUGGAGGCGAUGCCGAGGUCGAAGUGCUUCGCUGUGACGCGCGAGCGUCCUCCUUGCUGGUCGGAGUGCGGCUGGUUCUUUGGCGCCAACGCAAGGUUGCAGGCUUUGCAGCAGCCUGUGCCGCUUGGGCGCAGGUGGAGCGGGUCAUUCCUUGGGAUGCAGAGACACACGAGGAGUUGCAACCUCAAGUGGCGUCGGCUGAUCUGGAGACGGGCGCCAAUUGCACCGGCCUGGUGCCGAUCGAGGGUUCUGAGAGAUGGGCCAGCUGUCAAGGGAUGGCCAACCUCAAGCCUUGCCCGGACCCUGAGAUGUGCUGCUGCGACAAGGAUUUCCAAUACAUCGAGGCGCUGGGCUCCUGCGAGCCCUGCACCGCCGAAGCGGCCUUGGAGAGACCUCGCAGACUCUGUCCACCUGGAACAGCCGUGAUUGGCUUUUAUGCCGGCGUCGCCGCAAGUGAGGGCAGCGGACACCAGGCUGUGGGUUCGGAUCUGCUGAUCUCCACCAUCUGCUCAAUCCGACUGAGAUGUGGACCUCUGCAGGUCCGGCAGUGGGCUGGACACCCGAGCACCACUGGUUCCUUGGUUGUAGCAGGAUGGGAUCCACCGGUUGAGCAAGCAGGGGACCUCGAGCUGCCUGGCCUGGCCAACCUGGGCUUUGAGCUGCAGUGGUGGCACUACGUGGCCGCAGGUGCAGCGCUUCUUUUCUUGCUGUGCUGUGUCUACCGCUACUGCCGCACUUCUCAAGCAACCGUCUAUGGCGAUGUGCAGACUGGGGGUAAGUCCAGCUGGUCCAACCUCAAGAGUGUGGUCAAGUUGCCAUCUCAAGUCGUUUGGAGGUACAUUCUGCGGCCAAUCGGCUCCCUUGUGCUUCGAAUGCUGGAGCCGAUAUGGACACGCGCGCUACGACCGGUCCUGCGCUGGAUUGGGGGCACGCGCGCCGCCAGGCUUCUUGCAGGAUUUGGGCGACGGCUGUGGCGCCUUCUGAAGUGCUGCUGCCCAUGCCUGAGACGGCUGGAGAAAGUGUCUUUCAAGGAGACGCUGAAAGCUGCCCGCGACCCGAUGGCUGCCAGCAAAUCUACGCGCGCGCGGGUGGCGCGGCAGUGGGAGCUGCGGCGACAGCUGAUGUCCGGAACUUUGGAUGCGCAGAAGGCGAAGGACGACUUGCUUGGCCAGCUCAAGCGAGGAGAGAUCGACGAGAAGGAGCUUGGCAUACGCCAAAGGGAGAUUGAUGAUCUGGUCGCGAAGAGCCAGGCCAUGAUGAGCAAGGCUUCGCUGAAGGAUCGCGUGAAGAGCAUGAGAUCACAGAGCAGCUUCCGUCCUUUGUCCGCGACCAAAUCCUUCAAUGUAUCAAAGACAUUUUCCGCGACCAUGAGCUUUGCAAGGUCCGGUUCGAUGCAUUCAGCUCGUGAAGAUGGCGGCCGAUGCUGCGCAUGCUGCCGGCGACUUCCCAAAGAAGAGUCGAAGGAGGAGCAAGUCCAGGGUGCAGCUGAGGCAGCCGCUCAAGAUCCCGACGAAAGCAAAGGGUCAAAGUGGAGACCGGAAGAUGACGAGGAGUGGGAAUAUUUCUGGGAGGAAGAUUCCGAAGAGGAGGAUUUCGAAGAUGACCAGAUGGUGGAUGUGAGUCCAGCUCGCACCCGUGGGCAGAGUGAGAGCCUGGGCUUCGGGCCGGUGGCUUCACGCACAUCCAGGACAUCUCGAGGCAGUGCGAGCGAGAUGGUGGAUGUGAGUCCAGCUCGCACCCGUGGGCAGAGUGAGAGCCUGGGCUUCGGGCCGGUGGCUUCACGCACAUCCAGGACAUCUCGAGGCAGUGCGAGCGAGGGCAAGCGACCGACGAGUCCUACAAUCACGGAGUGA